AUGCAGUCAAUUCUCACCAUAAUUAUACCCCUCAUACCAUGGGUGGGACGGGUUGUGAAAGCAAUUAGAAUCAGGGUUUCGAAAGUUUCUUGUUCAGAUUUCUCAUUUCUGGUCGAAAAAAAGAUCGGCGUUUUAAGUACCAUCAAAUUUCUGUCCUAUUUUAGCACUAAAUACGCCUCAAUUCAAAGCACAUUUCUUAGUUUAGGUGGUCAUGGGGCGAAAGGGAGCUACUUAAAUAAUGUACUGAUUAUAAGAUACGAUUUUUUACCUUUUUUACCCUUAAGUGUAUCUUAUAAAUUUUUAAAGAUAAUUAUUGGCUCUGCAUUAUCUGCUUUGGAAGGAAAAAAUCCUGAAAUUGGUGAAAAAUCUGUUUUUAAACUUCUUGAAACUUUGGAUAAUUAUUUUAAAAUUCCUAAACGUGAGGUUACUCAUGAAACAAUUUUUGCUGUAGAAAAAGUUUAUAAUAUUGAAGGUGGAGUUGUCACUGGUAAAUUAGAACAAGGAUCAGUAAAGAAAGGUGACAAACUGGUAAUUGCUGGGCAAGGAAAAAAUAAGACUACUAUUGUUAAUGGUUUGGAAACAUUUUGUAAAACUGUUGAUAAAGGUGAACCUGGAGAUCAAUUGGGUAUUAGGUAUUUUUUAUUUUUUUUAAAUUGGGUUUUUGGAGACCGUUUAAUUUUCGCUUGUGGCGGCUCAAAUAAAAUGUAG